GCGAUAAACUCACAAAACUCUCGCCAAUGUUUGUAAAGCGUAUGGACUAUGAGUUGGACAGACGUAUUGUCGACACAUUUAUGAACAACAAUUUCACAAAUUGGAUGGGUUUUGAUGGUCAGAAAGUGAACAAUUGGAACAUUUGGAUCAAUACUAAUAUACUGAUGACUAGUCUUCUCACUGUAAACGACACCAAAAGACUAGAUGUCAUCAAAAGGGCGGUCAUGAGUGCAGAUAAUUGGUUGGACUGGUAUGGAGAGGACGGUGGCGAUGAUGAGGGACCGGAAUAUUGGUAUCAAGCGGCCGGACGUUUCAUACAAUUCUUGUAUUACAUGUCAUCUGCGAGUGGACACCAAAUGGACUGGUCGUCCAAACCUAUAGUCAAGAGUAUCGGUGAUUACAUCUAUAAGAUGCACAUCAAUGGAGACUAUUUCGUUAACUUUGCCGACGCCGACGCCAAAUAUGUUCCCGAACCCACUCUAGUCUACCGUUUCGGACAACUCUUCAAUAACACAGUUAUGAAACAAUUCGCGGCCUAUUUGUAUGAUUUGGCCGGAAAGGAGAACAUCUUAUUAGGGGAUUCUUAUCGAUCGGAUCAAAGGUUCCAUCAAUUUUAUUUGAUAAUGAAUGCAUACCAGUCCCUAAAGUCAGAAGUGCCUAAAGCUCCUCAACCUCUAGAGUCGUGGUUUCCUGACCUCCAAGUGAUUACAUUGCGAUCAGAAGAGGGUUCAGCUAAAGGAUUAUUCUUAGGAGCGAAGGCUGGAAUUAAUAAUGGAAGUCAUAGCCAUAACGACAUCGGAAACUUUGUCCUCUAUGUUAAUGGAUUACCCGCUCUAAUAGACGUAGGAGUGGGUAAUUAUGAUAAGGACACCUUUGGUCCCCAUCGCUAUGACAUAUGGACGAUGCAAUCCAAAUGGCAUAACACCCCUACUAUUAAUGGCGUACAACAAAAGGCUGGCGACCAAUAUAUGGCCAGAAAUGUGACCUAUAAUAAGACAAGUGCCGAGUUUGAGGCCGAUAUAGCCGGCGCUUACCCUAAAGAAGCCCAGGUUAAGAGUUGGGUCAGAAAAUUAACUUUUAAUAGGGAAGCAAAUAGUGUUACAUUGAGUGAGAAUUAUAGUCUGGAUAAGUUUGUGGAGCCCUUUAAAGUACAUUUCAUGACUAUAUUAAACAAAUCAAGUGAUGACCAGAAGAAUGGAGAUCUGGUUCUCGAGGAUAAGAGCGUGAAGUUAACGAUG